AUGGGCAUUAAGCUAUAUUUCAUGUUUCAGAUUGAUCUACGGUAUCAAACUGUGACAGACUACUCGUAUUCAAUAUCCUGUCUUUUUGCUGGAAUUUACAUAGCUGAUGUUUCAAGCGAUGCACCUUUUGUAGAAGACCAUGUCUCCAAUAACCAAGCUGUAGCUGAAACUGUUCUAAGCGCUUUCAAGGAAUGGGGAGAGGAUUCACUAGGAGAUUUUAAUUAUGACCAUGCUAUGUUGUUUACAGGGUACGAUAUUGGAGAAACAAUUGAUGGCGCAUUUAUUUCUGACAUAGCAGGUAUAAAAGUUAUUAAUACAUGGUGGAAAUUCCUUGGAUCAUCACAUGAUGGUAGUUCAAAUACUUGUUCUGGUGGUUAUGUCAUGGAGCCGUCUGUAAAAGUUAGUGGAAAUGCAUACGAAAACCUAGAACUUUGGCAGUUCUCCUCUUGUUCACAGACAUAUUUUGAUACUUAUAUCACGGAUUUAAAUGAUGCAUCCUUAAACUGUAUGACUGUAAGAACAGCAACAUAUAAUGAUGACCUUGACCCUUAUGUAAAUGACAUUGCGGGUCAGCUUUACAAUCCUGAUAUCCAAUGUGAGCGGAUAAGAGGAUCAGGAUCGUUUUUGUACAGGUCCAAAUACGAUGGUAAUUAUUCAACAAUAUGUCAGUCAAUGGCAUGCGCCUCAACAACCACUUCUGGUAGUUACAACUACUACAUUCCAUGGGAAGGGACUACGUGUGGAAAUGGCAGGAUGUGUCAAUCAGGGCAUUGCGUCGAAUCUCCCUUAGCACCUCCAGUCGACGAUGAAACGUGUCUAUUCGGAGAUGUUCCUUACAACAUGCCGUUCCAGACAUCUGGUUGUUAUGAUUUUCUCGGAACUCGUGAAACAUCUUACAAUUGUUACCAUGAACCGUACAGGCUACACUGUUGUGAAACUUGUGAAGCUAUAAGGCAAAAUAACACGGCGUAUGUAGAUUGUGAAUAUGGAGAUAAAGGUACUGGCUGUUCAGAAAUUUCAUUAUAUAGUUGCCGGUCUAACAGUGAACUAUGCUGUCGAAGAUGCCAAGAUAUACAAUUAGAUAUUCUAGGUUGUCCUUGGGGUGAUUUGUAUUCUAGCUGUGCGGAGUUAUCUUGCAGCACUUACUCUAAAGAAUGUUGUCAAACCUGUGCAUCUUCUACCACCAUAUCAAUAAAAAUUGCUCCACGCCCGAUGAAAAAAACAAAAGCCCAAUACCCUAACAACUUUUUUAAAAUAAAACAACAAACCCUUAUUCUCCCGCAACAAUUUUAA